AUGGUGAAAGAAGCAGAGCUUUGCAUCAAUAUCCCUUUCAUAGAAGCUUUAGAGCAAAAGCUCGGUUAUGCCAAGUUCAUGAGGGAUAUGGUUAGAAAGAAGAAAUCGAAGAAGGAAUAUCCGGUCCUUUUCACUGUAUCAUGUACCAUCGGCUUAUUAUACUUUGCUAAAGUACUAUGUGAUCUCGGUUCAAGAAUAAAUCUCAUGUCUCUCUCAAUUUAUAAGAAAUUGAUUUUGGGUGACCCAAAGCCCACUACACUGCGGUUAUUGAUGGCCGAUUGUAAAGUGAAGAGGCCCAUUGGGAUGCUCUAUGAUGUGCUCGUAAAGGUGGAGUCAUUUAUAUUUCUGGCCAAUUUUGUAAUUCUUAACUAUAAGGUAGAUUUUGAGGUGCCUAUUAUUCUUGGAAGGCUGUUCCUUGCAGCUGGUCACACCUUGAGUGGUGAGCUCCAAAUUGUAUUUGCUAUAUCCUACAGUGUUGAGAGUACGUUUGAGGUACAAAUCGAAGACAGCCUUGGUGUUGAGGCUCUAGCGGUAGUGAUCAUGAAUUUUGAGAGGGAUUGUAUUAAAGAGUAUGUGUGUCUGGUUGCGGCACUUGAAUGA